AUGACGAGAAAACUAACGACUGAAUCCGUGCUUCAACCGCCCAAGUCCGCCCCGUCAGCUCCAGCGGUCGUCUCGCUAGACGCCCAUCCGUCAGAUUCUCUCCUUGUGGCCGUCAGUUACGACACCGUCAACACGUCUUCCGUUCACAUUCCGUCGGCCCGUCCGCCGCCUCCGUCGAUUGACGGAUCUCGUCUGAACGUCGUCAAUGCCCAGGAUUCCACCCAGUCGAGUAGACUUUCCGUCAGUUCAGGCGUUCGAAGUGGCGUUACCCUAUAUAGUGACAGUGACGAUCGUGACGAUAACGGAUGUGUGGCCGUGUGGACGAGAGAGCGGCCGUUAUCCCCCUUAGAAUUGCUCUCGUUUAGAGGAUCUCGAGUAAGUCCAAUUCUUUGGGUACCCGACGACCCGAAUCUGCUACUGGGGGGGACUCGGAAUGGACACGUGGCAGUCUGGGAUUUGCGGGUGGGAGGAGACCCGUGCCAGGUGGGACCGGAAAAGGCGGCGUGGAGAGCGGCGGAUGGCAGGAGAGUGACGUCAUUGGCGGCAGGGGGAGGGGGGUCAAGAGGAGAAGCAGGCGGGGGCGGAGGGGGAGGGGAUGGUGUGGGGGCAGGAGGAGCGGGGGAGAGGGGCGGGGAGGAGGUGUUGAGUGGCAGUGCGGGGGGGAGGCUGAUGAGAUGGAGCAGGCGAAUGAUGGGCAUGCCCUUGGAGGUCAUCCCCCUCACACCACCUGGCGUUUCACCUGACAGCUGGCGCAUGCUGACGCAGUGGCCCCUGGUGCCCUCGGAGCUGCAGAUGGGGACAACACCGGUGUGGCGGGGAGCACCAGGAAAUGCACCUGAAGAAGCACCUGGUGGAGCACCUGGAUUUUCACCUGGGAUUUCACCUGGAGUGUUUUACAUGGGCUCUGACUGUGGUGGUGUGUUCCAGGGACAUCUCUCUCCCUCCGCCCUCACCGCCUCUGCUUCUACCCCCUCAUUCUCAUCCUCCUCCUCAUCCGCCAGCCAAUCACGACUCGACAUCCAGUUUGGCUCCUGUGCGCCCGGCGCCCCUGCCACCUCAGCUGCCACGUCAUCUGCUGUGUCAGCAUCUGCUUCCGGUUACGGGUAUGCGGCUCCCAGCCAAUCAGGGUUGCCUGCAAAGCAAGAACCAGAGCCAGUAUCCUCCUCAUUUUCGUGUUUCUCUGCCUUCUCUCAUCCUCCCCUUGUCUCCCUCAUCCUUGUCUCCCUCAUCCCUGUCUCCCUCAUCCCUGUCUCCCUCAUCCCUGUCUCCCUCAUCCCUGUCUCCCUCAUCCUUGUCUCCCUCAUCCCUGUCUCCCUCAUCCUUGUCUCCCUCAUCCCUGUCUCCCUCAUCCUUGUCUCCCUCAUCCCUGUCUCCCUCAUCCUUGUCUCCCUCAUCCCUGUCUCCCUCAUCCUUGUCUCCCUCAUCCCUGUCUCCCUCAUCCUUGUCUCCCUCAUCCCUGUCUCCCUCAUCCUUGUCUCCCUCAUCCCUGUCUCCCUCAUCCUUGUCUCAUCACAGCACCCUCGUCUCCAGCUUGCAUUGAAGCUCGCAUGCUCCCCCAACGUUCUUCAUAUUUUUCCUCCGCUGCCCCCCAUGCACGGCCCUCCCCUCCUCCCAUGCACGGCCCUCCCCUCCUCCCAUGCACGGCCCUCCCCUCCUCCCAUGCACGGCCCUCCCCUCCUCCCAUGCACCGCCCUCCCCUCCUCCCAUGCACCGCCCUCCCCUCCUCCCAUGCACGGCCCUCCCCUCCUCCCAUGCACGGCCCUCCCCUCCUCCCAUGCACGGCCCUCCCCUCCUCCCAUGCACGGCCCUCCCCUCCUCCCAUGCACCGCCCUCCCCACCUCCCAUGCACCGCCCUCCUCGCCUCCUCCCACCUUGCAUUCGACCGUUCACCCCAUGCGCACCCCUCUUGCCCUCCCUACACCCCUCCUUCCCAUCCCAAAGCCCCCCAUCACAGCGCCGCAUUAA